AUGGCAAGUACUUCACUCGUAGAAAGGGCAAAAUCGCGUGUGCACAAGCAGCUCGUUACGUCCUUGGACGUACCCUACACCGGAAACUCAGAUAUUCUGUAUUCCGCUUCUAGAGAUAAGAAAGUAUACCAGUGGAAACUGAAUACAAGUGAUAUGGAGCGCAUUGGAACGCUCAUCAAGGGGUAUGCGGGGCAUAAUCACUUUAUUACGGACGUUAAGGCGAACAGAACGAACGAAAUGAUUAUCACGGCAUCGUACGACCACACAGCCCGUAUUUAUGACGUCAAUACACAGAAGUACACCAUUUUGAAGGGGCACAAGAAGGACUUGACCGGUGUUACCAUAAACACCGAGGAUAACAAGAUCAUUACCGGGUCUUGUGAUGGAUCCAUAGCCCUGUGGAACACAGAAGGUGUUCUUUCGAAGGUUCUUACGCCAGAAAAUCCGUCAUCAAUUCCUAUUUGGGUCAACUGCGUUUCGUUCGUGCCGAACAGCAAUCUGUGUGUGACGGGCUCGUCAGAUGGUAAGUUGCGGAUUUGGGACAUUAACAGUGGAAAGAUAAUCAGAACAUUUGUAAAUGGUAAUGAUUUGGAGUAUUACGCUGCGAAUGAGGUGCCAGUGCCUGAGGCUAACAUGAUAACUGCGCUUUCUGUCUCGGCCGAUGGUUCUUUCUGUGCUUAUGGUGGUCGUGACUGCGUGGUGUACAUCAUAAAUUUGAGCGAUGCCGCGUGUUUGCUGCAUUUUGAGACUGAGUCGCCGAUUACAUCCCUUGCCUUUGCAAUAACUGAGCCUAUAAUAGCUGUGGGUACGCGCAACAGCAUAAUUUGCUGGGACGUGAUAGGAAACGAGAGAUCGGCCGUGGUUGAGAACGAGAGCAAAACUGUUUACUGCACGGCGCUGACAUGGUCUAAGACACGACUUGUUACCGGCUACAAUGACGGUGCUAUCGUUGUCUAUGAUUUUGUUAGGAACGUAUCGGAUAAUUAAAACUCUUCGCUGGU